AUUCCUGAACGUUCUCACGCAUCAGCCGGCGCCGCAUGCUGCUACACAGCUUCAUGGAACAAGAACAAGGGUGUAUCACUGCUGACUGAAACCCUACUGUAGCUGCUGCUGUCACCUUUCCAGCACUGAAUUAUAUACCUGUUCUUUCUUGUAAUUACUGUACUCUACACUGUUUAGUUAGCCAGAGAAAAUGUCGGUUGUCGGGUUUGACGUCGGGUACUUGAACUGCUAUGUAGCGGUAGCCAGAGCCGGUGGGAUUGAAACUGUCGCUAAUGAAUAUAGCGACCGGUGUACACCAGCAUGUGUUUCUUUUGGACCCCGGAAUCGAGCGAUCGGUGCUGCUGCAAAGAGCCAGGUCGUCUCAAACUGCAAGAACACAGUACAAGGGUUCAAGAGGUUUCAUGGAAGGGCGUUUUCGGAUCCCGUUGUGCACAACCUCAAAAACAGUUUGGUCUAUGAUAUUGCACAGAUGCCCACAGGAACAACUGGCAUCAAGGUGAUGUACAUGGAGGAAGAGAAGGUGUUCAGCAUUGAGCAGGUCACCGCCAUGCUGCUGACUAAGCUGAAGGAGACUGCAGAGCAAGCUCUCAAGAAGCCUGUGGCUGACUGUGUUGUAUCUGUUCCCUGCUACUACACUGAUGUUGAGAGGAGAUCAGUUGUAGAUGCUGCUCAGAUUGCUGGUCUCAACUGCCUGAGGCUCAUGAAUGAGACCACUGCAGUUGCGUUGGCAUAUGGCAUCUAUAAACAAGAUCUCCCUGCCCCCGAGGAGAAGCCCAGGAAUGUGGUGUUUGUCGAUCUGGGCCAUUGUGGAUACCAGACAUCAUUGUGCGCCUUCAACAAGGGCAAAGUCAAGGUCCUUGCUACAGCUUGUGACCCAGAGUUGGGAGGAAAGGACUUCGAUGAGGUGUUGGUGAAGUAUUUCUGCGAGGAAUUUGCCAAGAAGUACAAGAUUGAUGCCAGGACAAAGCCCAGGGCUCUGGUGAGACUUUACCAGGAGUGUGAAAAACUGAAGAGAGUGAUGAGCGCCAACUGCUCUGAUCUGCCGCUUAACAUCGAGUGCUUCAUGAACGACAUUGAUGUCUCUGGAAAAAUGAACAGAGGUCAGUUUGAAGAGAUGGCCGCUGAUGUUUUUGCCCGAGUUGAGGCUCCGCUGCAGUCUCUGCUGGAACAAACCAAACUGAAAAGGGAAGACAUCUAUGCGGUAGAGAUCGUGGGGGGAGCUUCCAGGAUCCCAGCUGUCAAAGAGAGAAUCAGCAAAUUCUUUGGAAAGGAGCUGAGCACCACACUGAAUGCUGACGAAGCUGUGGCCAGAGGAUGUGCCCUGCAGUGUGCCAUUCUGUCACCUGCCUUCAAAGUGCGUGAGUUCUCCAUCACAGAUGUGGUUACCUAUCCCAUCUCCUUGAAGUGGCACUCUGCUGCAGAGGAAGGUCUAAGUGAUUGCGAGGUAUUCCCUAUGAACCACGCAGCCCCUUUCUCCAAAGUGCUCACCUUCUACCGGAAAGAGCCUUUUACCUUGGAGGCUUACUACAACGCUGCUAAUAGCCUCCCCUACCCAGACCCCACUAUUGGUAAGUUCCUGAUCCAAAAGGUUGUGCCACAGGCUUCUGGGGAGAGCUCCAAGGUGAAAGUCAAAGUGCGUGUGAACAUCCAUGGCAUCUUCAGUGUCUCCAGUGCCUCCCUGGUUGAAGUUAUGAAGUGUGAGGAGGGGGAGGAACCCAUGGACACCGAACAGGCCACUGAGAAAGAUGGAGAGCAGAACAAGAUGCAGACGGAGGAAGAGGAGCAGAAGGGAGACGGUCAGAAAGAAGCAGAAGAGAAGACGCCACGUGAGAACGAGGAGAUGGAGAUCACCCCAGAGGAAGGCAAAGGCGAGAAGAAGGCCGACCAGCCCCCACAAGCCAAAAAGCCCAAAGUCAAAACAAAAGUUCUUGAUCUUCCGAUUGAAAACAAUCCACAGUGGCAGCUAGCUGAUGACAUGCUCAAUCUUUUUGUUGAAAAUGAGGGUAAGAUGAUCAUGCAGGACAAGCUGGAGAAGGAGAGGAAUGAUGCCAAGAACUAUGUGGAGGAGUAUGUGUACGAGAUGAGGGACAAAUUACACGGGGUGCUGGAGAAGUUUGUCAGUGAAUCUGACCGAGAUGCCCUGUCAAUAAAGCUGGGGAAUACUGAAAACUGGCUGUAUGAAGAUGGAGAGGACCAAUCCAAACAAGUGUACAUUGACAAACUGACUGAGUUAAAGAAACUUGGCCAGCCCAUCCAGGAGAGGUACACAGAGGCUGAAGUGAGACCUAAAGCAUUCGAGGAACUGGGAAAACAAAUCCAGCAGUACAUGAAAUUUGUGGAAGCCUGCAAAAUGAAGGAAGAGCAGUAUGACCAUAUAGAUGAUGCAAAUGUCACGAAGGUGGACAAAAUGGCCAGCGAGGCAAUGAUGUGGAUGAAUAGCUCCAUGAACCAGCAAACCAAACAAAACCUGACAAUGGAUCCCGCCGUCAAAGUAAAAGACAUUCAAGCUAAAAUAAGGGAGCUCUUCUCCACUUGUAACCCCAUUGUGACCAAGCCCAAACCCAAGGUAGAGCUUCCCAAGGACGAGACUCCAGCAGAGGAGAACGGGCCUGUCAACGGACAGGAGAAACCCCAGGAUGCACCCGCAGACAAGGGAAAAGCUGAGAAAACAGGCACCUCAGAAUCCACAGAAAACAAGCCUGAAAUGGACCUUGAUUAAAGCAGCGUAACGCCCUCUAACCAAAGCUGCACGGGAGCUGGCUGUUUCAGAUUGAGAUGCAGCCUGGGUGUAUAUCAGAGCAGUUAAAGUGUUUCAGGAAUUGCACUCCACAGUCAAAAGCAGGCAGGGUGAUUAGCACACUGAGCCCAGCUACUGGUGGUAUCUCUGUCCAAUGACAUAGCAUGCCCUCUCUUUCUGGAAGACAUAAAUCAUAAGCCAGCCGCAAUAAGCCUGUUUGACAAUGAGCGCUGUACACAUAAUGGUAUUUAUUUCUGUUGUGUGCCCUGUAAGUGUUCUGGUCUGUGUCACAAUAUGGUUUUAAUAAAGUUAUUGAAAAUCA